GAAAAAUAACAUUACUGCAACACCUGACGAAAGCCUUUAGUAACAGAAAACAGGGAAAAUUAAGACGAGCGACAUAAAUUUGAAUUAGUACAUGUUGGUAGUUGGUACAACUUGGACAGGACGAUGAAGAAACUUAAAACAAUACCACUAGUUCUUAACUAUUACUCCAUUUAUUAAUUAACUUAAACUCAAUAUAUUCUUCAACAAUCUUUCAAGACUAAAUUAUUGGAUAGAGGAACUCACGACGAAGAUUAAUCAAUUGAGAUUUGUUCAUGAACUCGUCAAAGAUCAGUUUAUAUAUCCUAUUUGUUUUGAUCAAUGACAAAGACACUUGUUAAUUAUUUUUUUCCUUUUUUCUUUUAUUUAUGAUAAAUAUCAUCUUUGAAACGCCUGCACAAUGUUUCUAUUUGUUCGCAUUAUGAUAAGCAUAUGAAAUGAACUAAUUAAAUCGCUCCAUAUAUCUUUUUUCUUUUACACUAAUUAUCUUUUGGAUAUUCCGAUGGAAAAAGAAGCUGCAGGUGAAUCAUCUCGAGUAGCAAUGCUGCCUCCCAACACAGGGAGGCUGAUAACCAUUCUCUCCAUCGAUGGAGGAGGAAUUAGAGGAAUUAUUCCUGGGGUUAUCCUUGCAUAUCUUGAAUCACAACUUCAGGAAUUGGACGGUGAGGAUGCAAGAAUUGCGGAUUAUUUUGACUUGAUAGCAGGAACAAGCACGGGUGGCCUUGUAACAGCCAUGUUAGCUGCACCUAACAAUGAUAAACGCCCUCUUUAUGUCGCCAAAGAUAUUACUCCUUUCUAUCUAGAGCACUCUCCGAAAAUAUUUCCCCAGAUUAGUUGUUGCAGUGGACCAUUUGCUGGACUCAUAAAUCUAACCAAAAUGAUGAACGGACCAAAAUAUGAUGGGAAAUAUCUUCACACACUUAUAAAGAGACUCCUAGGAGGUACCAGGUUGCAUGAUACCUUAACUGCCGUCGUAAUUCCAACUUUUGACAUCAAGACACUUCAGCCAGUUAUCUUCAGCUCAUAUGAGGCAAAAUCGAAACCUGAUUUGGAUGCGGAACUGGCGGACAUUUGCAUUAGUACCUCGGCAGCACCAACUAUUCUACCUGCCCAUAGUUUCAAGAACAAGGAUGCUCAAAAUAAUGAACGCGAAUUCAACCUAAUUGAUGGUGGCGUGGCUGCUAAUAAUCCGACAUCGAUCGCAAUUGGUGAGGUGACUAAGCAAGUAUUGAUGAAGUACGAAGACUUAUUUCCUAUCAAGGACAUGGAUUAUGGUCGUUUUCUAGUAAUAUCACUGGGGACAGGCAAUGCAAAGAAUGAGGAAAAAUACAAUGCGAAAAUGGCUGCGAAAUGGGGAUUACUUAGCUGGCUAACUCAUAACAACUCCACACCAAUCGUCGAAGCUUUUAAUCAAGCAAGCGCUGAUAUGGUUGAUUAUCAUAACUUUGUGGUUUUCAAAGCUCUUCACUCGGACGAUAAAUACCUCCGAAUCCAGGAUGACACUUUGACGGGGAACUUGGCGUCAGCUGACAUAGCCACAAAGGAAAACUUAGAAGGCCUCGUUAAGGUAGGAGAACGGUUGCUGGACAAACCGACUUCUAAGAUAAACAUAGACAAAGGAGUUUAUGAAGCAGUUGAGAACGGAGGAACCAACAAGGAAACUCUUCGAAGGUUUGCAAAGAUACUUUCAGACGAGAGAAAAUUCCGCCAGGCCAAUUCCAGUAGCCGGUUGGUCUAAUGACAUUCAAUAUAUUGUCAUCCACUUUGUUGCUACAGCGUGAAUGUAUUCUGUGUUUCAGUUUAAUAAUGUUCCUACUUUCCCCUUCCUUUUAUGCCUUUAUAUAUAUAUGUCGGUGAAAUUAAAGCUGCAUACCUUGUGUAGCAUAUCAUUCUGUAUAUCAGUGAAUAUAAUAUUCAGUUAAUAUGACAAUACUUCCCUAUGCGGACUAAUUUAUAGGAUGCUCAGAUCUUACUAAAAUCUAAAUUGGUUUAUGUGGACUAAUUUUGAGCCAUAUACAUGUCAAUAUUUUGUA